UCUUUUUAAUUAAUUUGAACCCAAUCGACGCUUUGUAACGCUCAAAGCUGUUUUCAUAUAAAAUCUUAAAAAUCUUUAAAAAUCAAAAUAAAAAUACAUAACUUUUACAAAGCAUCUUGAAAGUGGCCAUUAAAAUUGAACUGAAUUAUCAGUUAAGUUCAUUGCUUUACUUUAUUGAAUCACCAAACUUCUCUCAAUUUUAUGGGAAAAGGGAAAUCAAUUAAGAGUUUGAUAUGACAAUUGAGUUGCGACUGAGGUCUCGUUUGUUCGUGGCCAUUUCAGUGACUCUGCUGUCGCUCUUGUGUUCUUGUGAGUUCGAGGCGGAGACUAGUGACCUUCGACUGAUCUACGCGACAGGUCUGGUGCGCCACGGGACAGCCACCCCUGGGGUGCUCCUUCCCAACGACCCCUUCACCGACAAAUGGAUCACCCUUGGGGUUCCGGAGAAGUUGACCCCUGUGGGAUCCCUGCAGCACUACAAGUUGGGGGUGACUUUGAGGAGACACUACAGGGACUUCAUGUCUGACAUCUUUGACCCCCAGGAGAUCGACCUACUCUCCACCCCCAGAUCCAGGGCACAACUGGCAGCACACAACACCAUGGCCGGGUUCUACGGCCUGCCCCGGAAGAAGGAGGACUUCGAGAUGUGCAGUGGAAUGGUGGUGGAGCCCACCUGCGAGAUGUUCCCCCUCGACACCACAGCCACAUUCAUGCACAGAGAGGAGUGGAUAAACUGCAACAAGUUGAGGAGUAUCAACAGGAGGACCAUUGGACCCCUGCGGACCAUAGCCUUCCAGGACCACCAGAGUCUGUUCGAGAAACUCACCAAAAUCACUGGCUUCAGAAUGACCAACUUCAACGAAGCCAGGAUAGUACACGAGGCGGUGGAGACUAUGCUAGCCUAUGGGCUGGAACUGCCCCCCUGGGCCAGUCAGGAGUUGUUGGGGGAGCUGAAGGUGCUGUACACUAAGGACUACGACAUAGUGUUCGCAGAGAGGGAGCAGAGACGGCUGACGGGGGGACCCACUCUGCACAUUGUACUCAACACCCUACAUGAAAAGGCAUACGGCAAGCAAAAAGACACUCGUCAGAAAAUGACCAUGCUUUUUGGCCAUACAAGUUCCCUCAUGUCCCUCACAAAGUCCAUGAAUGUGCAGCUUGAAAAAACACCCGGCUGGGCGGCCGCUCUCGUGUUUGAACUGUACGAGAGUGUGAGCGAGCAGCCGAACAACUUCUUCGUGCGAACUCUCUUCAAAAACAGCACCUAUGUCGAAGAUUUCUACACUUUGGACGUCCCUGGUUGUGGAACUCUCUGCUCUUUGGAACAGUUCAUAGAAGUUUUAGCUCCAAUGACAGUCCAAGACUACAAAGCAGAAUGCUCAUUGAACAACUCCCAAACCUCAAAUUCGGCUCAAUUGCAUCUUCCAGUCAGUGAUACGGAGAACAAUUCAAACAAGGAGAAAACUACUGAAUUGGCAAGCCAAAACUCUAAAGGUGCUAUUAGUUCACAAAUCAACAAGGCUCAAACUUGUGGCAAAAAAACCAAAAAAGGCAAAAAAUGUAGUGACAUAUAGGUGAACAUGGUUUAAAAGUUAUAGAACACAGAAUUUUGGCGGAAUUUGCAAAGAAAAUGUGACUAAUAUACUAUUAUAAGUUUG